AUGUGGAGCCGGCGGCUGGGGCCUCGCGGUGGCCUGGGGGGCGCUGGCCCCCGGCUGGAGCACAGGACGCGGAGCCCGGAGAGCAUGCCCAGGCCGUGCGCUGCCCUUGUCUGCUCCAGGGGAGCGGAGCGGAGCUUGGCGCUGGGCAGGGCCCUGACGACGCCCACGCCGUGGCUCGUGGGCAGGCAGCGAGCCGGGCUCCAGGAAGCCUCGUGCCUCCGACUCGCGACCUUAUUUCUUGAAAGGGGGCCCAACCGGAUAGGCGGCCUCUACAAAAAGGCGGUGUACAGACACUACACCGAUGCCACCUACUCCACGGAGAUCCCCAAGCCCCCCUGGCUCGGGUUUCUGGGCCCCAUCCUGAGGGCGGAGGUGGGGGACGUGAUUGUCAUCCACUUGAAGAACUUCGCUUCCCGGCCCUACUCCCUGCACCCGCACGGCGUCUUCUACAACAAGGACUCGGAAGGAGCCCUGUACCCUGACGGCACGUCUGGAAGGAACAAGGAUGACGACAUGGUCCCCCCCGGCAAAAACUACACGUACGUGUGGCCGGUGAGGGAGGAGUACGCGCCGGCCCCCGCGGACGCCAACUGCCUGACCUGGGUGUACCACUCGCACAUCGACGCCCCCAAGGACAUCUGCUCGGGGCUGAUUGGGCCGCUGCUGGUGUGCAAGGAAGGUGUCCUGAACAAGUACUCGGGGACCAGGACCGACGUGGACCGCGAGUUCGUGAUCAUGUUCACGCUGGUGGACGAGAACCAGAGCUGGUACCUGGACGACAACAUCCGGCACUUCUGCACCGACCCCGCCUCCGUGGACAAGGAGGACCCCGUCUUCCAGAGGAGCAACAAGAUGCACGCCCUCAACGGCUACCUGUUCGGAAACUUCCCCGAGCCCCAGAUGUGCGUCGGCGAGUCGGUGUCCUGGCACCUGUUCGGGAUGGGGAACGAGAUCGACAUCCACUCCAUCUACUUCUACGGCAACACCUUCGUCAGCAGGGGGCACCGCACGGACGUGGUCAACCUGUUCCCCGCCACCUUCCUCACGGCGGAGAUGAUCGUCCAGAACCCUGGGAAGUGGAUGAUCACCUGCCAGGUCAGCGACCACCUGCAAGCGGGCAUGCUGGGCCAGUACAACGUGGGCCACUGCAGAGGCCACGCUUCCCACCCGGCCCUGAAGGGCCAGCAGAGGCACUACUUCAUCGCGGCCGAGAAGGUGCUCUGGGACUACGCCCCUCAGGGCUACAACAAGUUCAGUGGCCUCCCCCUCAACGCGACCGGCAGCGACUCCGAGCUCUACUUCACGCAAGGGGACUCCAGGAUAGGCGGGAGGUACUGGAAGGCCCGGUACACGGAGUACACGGACGCGUCGUUCACGCAAAGAAAGCGCCUCUCGGAGGCGGACGCCCACCUCGGAAUUCUGGGCCCCGUCAUCAGGGCGGAGGUGGGCGACACCCUGCUGGUGACCUUCGCCAACAGGGCGGACAGGGCCUACAGCGUCCUGCCCCACGGCGUGAUGUACGACAAGGCGUCCGAUGCGGCCCCCAACAUGGACGGCUUCCUGAAGCCGGGCGCACACGUGAAGCCAGGGGAGACCUUCGUGUACAGGUGGACGGUGCCCGAGAGCGUGGGCCCCACGGCCGACGACCCCCCAUGCCUGACCUACCUCUACUUCUCGGCGGUCGACCCCAUCAAGGACACCAGCUCCGGCCUGGUGGGGCCCUUGCUGCUCUGCAGGAAGGGGGCGCUCAACGCGGACGGCACGCAGAAGGAGAUAGACAAGGAGUUCCACCUGCUCUUCACAGUCUUCGAUGAGAACCUGAGCCAGUACCUCGAUGAGAACAUCCAGAAGUUCACCCGGCGCCCCCUCAGUGUCGACAAGGAGGACAAGGCCUUCGUGAAGUCCAACCGCAUGCACGCCGUCAACGGCUACAUGUACGGCAACCAGCCUGGCCUCCAGAUGUGCAGGAAUGACAGGGUGUCCUGGCACCUGGUGGGGAUGGGCACCGACACCGACAUGCACGGGGUCUACUUCCAAGGGAACACCCUGCAUCUCCGGGGCACCCACCGCGACAGCCUGGCCCUGUUCCCGCACGUCUCCACCACGGCCUUCAUGCAGCCGGACCGCGCAGGCCUCUUCAGGGUGUUCUGCUCCACCUUGCACCACUUCGCGCGAGGCAUGAACCAGCUCUACGAGGUCACCAGCUGCGGCAACAAGGACCCCCCCGAGCAGCCGUACGGGAUGAUAAGAACCUUUUACAUCGCCGUGGAGGAGGUAGAAUGGGAUUAUGCCCCUAACAAAAACUGGGAGUUCGAAAAGCAGCACUUGGACGCAGGAGGGGAAAGACACGGAGACAUAUUCAUGAACCACACUGAGAACUGGAUCGGCUCCCAGUACAAGAAGGUGGUUUACCGGGAGUACACCGACGGCGAGUUCGUGGAGAUCAAGGCCCGGCCGCCGCGGGAGCAGCACCUGGAGCUCCUGGGCCCGAUGAUCCACGCCGAGGUGGGCGACUCCAUCCUGGUCAUAUUCAAGAACAAAGCCCAGCGGCCCUACUCCAUCGCAGCCCAGGGUGUGGAGGAUGUGGACGGCGGCCAGCGUCUCCAAGUGCCCGCCACAAAGCCGGGGGAGAUAAAAACGUACCGCUGGAACGUCCCGAAGCGCUCCGGCCCCGGGCCCUCUGACCCCAACUGCAUCCCGUGGGUUUACUACUCGACGGUCGACUUUGUGAAGGACAUGUACAGCGGCCUGAUGGGGCCCCUGAUCACGUGCAGAGAAGGGGUGCUGGACGAGAAGGGGCGAAGGAGCGACGUGGACUACGAGUUUGUGCUCCUGUUUCUGGUCUUCAACGAGAACGAGUCCUGGUACCUGGACGACAACAUCAAGAAGUACCUCAACAAGGACCCCCGGGACUUCAAGCGCUCGGACGACUUUGAGGAGAGCAACAAGAUGCACGCCAUCAACGGAAAGAUCUUCGGGAACCUGCACGGCCUCAUCAUGAGCGAGGACUCCAUGACGAACUGGUACCUGCUGGGGCUGGGCAGCGAGGUGGACAUCCACACCAUCCACUACCACGCCGAGAGCUUCCUCUUCAAGAUAGAUAAGUCUUACCGGGAAGACGUGUACGACCUCUUCCCCGGGACGUUCCAGACCAUCGAGCUGUUUGCGGACCACCCAGGCACGUGGCUGCUGCACUGCCACGUGUCCGACCACAUCCACGCGGGCAUGGAGACCACCUACACCGUGCUGCGCAACAUCGACAACAGGACCCCGUACUCCACCAAGUCCCCUGCGGGAGGACCGCCGCCCCCAGACUCAGGCUCAGCCAACGAAGAAGGCAGCCGGGAGCAGCUCUAUUUCUUCGGCAGGAAGCUGGGCCCCCGAGGAGCCAAGAGCGCCCUGGUCACCCUCUUCGCCGUGGGCCUCCUGCUGCUGGCGGCCGCCGUGGUGCUGGCGCUCAAGCUGCGCUCCGCCGGGCGGCAGGGCCGGUACCAGCAGGUGCAGUACCGGCAGGUGCGGACCCGCGAGCUCCCCACGGACGUGCUGUGA